GUGAUCUUCCGUGCUUUAACGCCUACUAACAAGAUUGAAGAUCCAUACAGUCCUGAAGCACAAGCUGUCUUGAAGCUCACCAAUUUGCGGCUCCUUUUAUUAAAGAGGCAAGAGUGUCCUUGCCAAGGCUCGGGACUGCUGGAGAAACCGCACAGAUUUGCCCAUUAUGCCAUCUAUGACCUAAUUGUCCGUGGCAGUUGCUUCUGUAAUGGCCAUGCAGAAGAAUGUCAGUUUGCCAAUGGGCCAGGUGUUGGCACCAGUAUGAUCCAUGGGAAGUGCAUGUGCAGACAUAACACUGCAGGACACCAUUGUGAGAAGUGUGCGCCAUUAUACAAUGACCAGCCAUGGGAGCCGGGCAAUGGAAAAACUGGGGCAGCAAAUGAAUGCAGAAAAUGCCGCUGUCACCAUCAUGCAGAUAGCUGUCAUUUUGACCAGAGGGUCUGGCUGGCCUCUGGGAAGAAGAGUGGGGGGAUCUGCGAUAACUGCAAGCACAACACUGAGGGUUUCCGGUGUCAAAGGUGUAAGCCUGGUUUUUACCGAGACAGAGCCAAAUCUAUGACUUCCCCAGACAUUUGCAAACCUUGCUCCUGCCAUCCCAUGGGCUCACUGAAUAUAACGCUGAACCAAGGCCAGAAAUGUCAUCCAAAGACAGGCUUCUGCUACUGCAAGCCAGGUGUUGCAGGACCCAAAUGUGACUGGUGUCUAUUGGGGUAUUGGGGCUUUGGAGAAAAUGGCUGCCAGCCCUGUGCCUGUGCUAGAGACUGUAACAAGCAUACUGGAGAAUGUCUCCCCAGCUAUGACAAUUCAGCUUUUUUUAAUAUUCCUAUUGGUGGGAGGAUUCCUCACUUCCUCCAAACCCCAGCCAACGAAAGCGAAAAUGAAUGGCAAUGGAACGAUCGCAAGCAGGGUUUUUCAGCUUUAAGAUAUCCAGAAAAGUGUGUGUGCAAAGAGAGGAUCCUAGGAAGCGUCAGCAAUUUUUGUCAGAUGAAAUACGCCUACGGUAUAGACUACUUAAUAGCAGGACAAGAAGACGCACGGACGAACAGACUUCUUGUGAACAUGAACAGUCUGGUGAAGCCCUGGAAAGCUCACUGGGGGAAAUUUGUUGCAGAUAUACUACGAACCGGAUGCAAAUAAUGUAUUUAUUUUCCCAAGUCAAGUCACAAAUGUGUACACAUUAAUAAUAUGGCAGUGAAAAGUCUAGUUAGUUCUCUAAUGGUUAAUCAUAACUUUUAUAAUUAAGGAGAAUUUAAAAGCAAACUCUCUUUUCUCCAUUCCAUUAAGUGCUUUAGGCAGGAAUCUUGUUCCAGGAUUUCUUUUUUCCAACACAACAAUUUUUUCUCUCUCUUUCACAUGUUUGUAAAAAAUAAAUAAAUGUAAAGACUGCUGAAUUAACCUUAUGUACCUAGGCUCACAGCCUGGCAUAUAGCUUGUUUUAGGAUUACAGUAUCUAGAGCUUUCAAAUUCCACCAAUACACGUAUUUGUAACUGAAGCCAAGAUUAUAUUAUGUUAUGGAUGAACAGUCGUUACUAACAGAAAACUAGAAUUCCUGCACUAUUUAUUUUUCUGGAGCUGGAUUUUGUUUUACAGUUACUAUGAAGGAAGAACAAAAUUUCGCUAAGUUAAAGGGCUACAAAAUGUCAUUCGUUGGCCUGUCAUAUGAGUCUUGCUUAUAUUUGAGUGGCCUGUUUAAAAAGCUGUUAUUUUAAGAUACUCUUCAUAGCUUUUGGAUUCUACGACGUCUUUGUGUUCUAUUGGAAUUUGCACUGGAAUUGAGAAGAUAUUGUAGAUGUAAGUGUCUUUGUGUCUACUUCAUUAGAGAAGAAAACAACAGUUAUUGGAAAUCUGGAAGGCAGCCUGAAAGGACUUGGAGCUGCAGGGAUACUGGGAAGUGGAGGUCCCUGUUCCUGCUGUAGGUGUCCCCUAAACUUCCUGACAAAAUUCAUGGGGAAAGAGGAUGAUUGGUAAUCUACACAUUAGAAUAAAACAAGCUGGCUAUCCAAAUCUUUAUUACCACCAGAUUCCAAAGAUCUGUUUUCUAUAGUGUUGUUCCCCCAAUGCAAGAGUCGGGAAAGUUGUGAUUUUCAAGUUGGUCCCACCUGCUCUCACCAACAGCCUUCUCCUGUUUUAUCCUGCAUUUAGCAUCAAAACAAAUGCAAAAAGACCACUGCUAUGGAGGACUAGCAAGUUCUCUUAGGAGAACGAAUGAGGCAAGAACUCAAGAGUUUCGCACAGCACCAGAAGUAUUGGAAUUUGCUUUUGGGUUAUCAGUCUUGCUCCUGGAUUGCAUAGAAGACAUGCCAAACUGGUGAUUUAAAGACUGAUUCCUCUUCAAACCCUCACACGGUCCUUUUUUGUUUUCUAAGUUAAUAUUUGAUUUUCGAUUUCUGUUGUGCUCAUUUCACCUGAAAUGCUUCAUAUUACCACGUUGUAGCUUCAGUCACUUGCCUUUUUUAUACUCUAUGCGUGUUCAAGACAUCUCAAAGAACAGAUGCUUCUAUUCAUAUUUUUUACUACCAGCCAAGAUUUUCUAGCAAGCAGUGCUCCAAGGCAGAUACAAAUGAACACCACUAACAUUGCUGUCCUUUGCUCAAGCAGAGACUAGUCAGAAAAGUACACGAUCUGUGCUGCAGAAUGAGUGAUUCCCCAGCUCCCUAGCAUUAAUUUGUAUUUCAUUAAUGCUAUAUUCUAAGCAAAACAUAGCUGUGGUUUGAGACAUUAGAUACCAAUGCAGAGUAAAGAAGUCUUCUAUUCUAAGACAGCCAUUAAAACCCAGGCAUUUCCAUAUACCUUGUGCUGGAAUAUGACUGAUGUAAUUGUUUAUAUCACUUCUUGUUCUAGAGUCUAGACUAUGGAAUUUCUCUUGAAAGGCACUAAAGUGUUUGCACUAAAAAAAAAAAUCUCUCCUAAAAUAUGGGCAAUAGGUUAAGGGAAGAAGUUUAAGUUUGAAUAUAUAGUUAACUGUCUUUUAC